AUGGCUCUGACUUCGCCUCGCAUCUUGUUGAUAGAUUCAUACGACUCAUUCACUCACAAUCUUGCUGCUCUCUGCAAGAAGUCUAUACCGGACUGCCAUAUACAUAUUAUCAAGAACGACAGUGUCGAUGACGCUAAGCUCAAGGUCUAUUUGAGCCAUUUCUCUGCCAUCGUUGUUGGACCAGGGCCCGGCUCCCCGGAGAAUCCAUGCGAUAUUGGAGUUGUGAGGCAUUUAUGGAGGUUGCCCGAAGAACACCUCCUACCAAUUUUCGGUGUCUGCCUUGGUCUUCAGAGUCUCGCCAUUGAGUUCGGUGCAAAGCUUGGGAGGCUGAACGUGGUGAAACAUGGUCAAAUCUCACAAAUCCAACAUAACGGAGAAGAAAUCUUUCAAGGAGUGAAGGAAGUUUCAGCUGUUCGCUACCAUUCGUUAUAUGUUAGCCUGGACAAUUGUCAGGACCUCCAACCUUUAGCUUGGGCCGACGAUGGAGCUGAAAACGGCCCGGUUAUAAUGGCUGCGAGGCACAAGACCAAGCCGUUUUGGGCCGUCCAAUAUCAUCCCGAGUCGGUGCGCACUGACGGAGGUGGCGAGGAAAUUUUACGCAAUUUCUGGCGGUUGGCACAGACUUGGGCUUCUAGUGAAGGUCGGAAAAUUUGCCCGUGGAAUACGCUAGUCGAAAAGGUCGUUGGGCCAUCUUGGCCUGUUCCCCGCCUUGUGACAAGUCCCCGCUCUCCUCUCAUCAUUUCCACUGUUACGACCCGCCUAUUACAGAUCCCAGGAUGUCUGCCUACGAGCAUAUGUGAGGCAAUUGGUGUCAUGAAGGAGAAUUCUGACUUCGUCCUUCUGGAUUCUGCUGCGCAGCCUGGUCGGUUUACUUUGAUUGGAUGCUUAACACCAAGAUCAACACGCAUCAUUCAUACGGUGGGCGAGCCGCACAUCCAUGUGCGCACUCAGGAGAAAUGCAUGCUGGAGGAUCUGGCCGGAGCCGAUAUUUGGGCAUGGCUGGCUACGUUCAUGCGUAUUAGAAGAGCUGUGGGUGGCACUAGUGAAUCCCCAUUCUGGGGUGGUUUGAUUGGAUACCUGAGCUAUGAACUCGGUGUCCAAUCACUUGCCCCCUCACUUCUAUCGGGGGACCGAAAGAUGUCUAAGUCAUCUCACCCAGACGUCAAUUUAGUGUUUGUUGAUCGUAGCAUUGUCGUCGAUUCCACCUCUGGAUCGGUAUAUAUCCAAUCCUUACUCCCCAAUGACGAUGCGUGGCUCGAUAGUAUGUGUAGCACACUCAAGCAGACAGCCAUGGUCCAAAUGGAUAGCGGACGGGCGUCACCCGCAAAACGACGCAAGAAGAGCACGACGGGGUCGCCACUUGUGUCCCUUCCUGAUCGCGAACAAUACAUCUCUCAAAUUGGGCGAGCGAAGGAACAUCUCUUUGCAGGCGAUUCGUAUGAACUUUGCUUGACUGCUCCUACCCGCAUCUCUGUACCAAAGGGAGCUGAUGCCAGCAGGAAUUCCAGUUCGUCUUGGGAGCUAUACAAGAUACUCCGUGCGCGCAAUCCCGCCCCUCAUUCAGCGUACCUUCGUUUACAUCCUUCCACUAUGCUGUCAUCUUCUCCUGAACGCUUCCUAUCGUAUUCCAGACCCCCUGACACAACCUGUCAACUGCGGCCAAUCAAGGGCACGGUGCGCAAAGCUCCUGGGGUGACUCGCGCGGUUGCAGAACAGGCUCUGGCAGGUAGUGCGAAAGAGGUUGCGGAGAAUUUGAUGAUCGUUGAUCUCAUACGUCAUGACCUACAUGGUGUUGUUGGUGAGGAUGUGUCGGUAAGACAAUUCUGCAAAGUCGAAGAAUACAAGACUGUUUGGCAGCUCGUAAGCGUCAUUGAGGGCAAGCUGCGCGACGGUUCGGAUGCUGAUCAGAGCUCGAACUUGGGCUGGGAAGUCCUACGAAGAAGUCUACCUCCGGGUAGUAUGACGGGAGCGCCAAAGAAACGCAGUGUCGAGAUCCUCCAUACCCUUGAGGAUCAGGACCGUGGCAUUUACUCUGGCGUCUUCGGUUAUUGGUGUGUGGGAGGAAGCGGCGAUUGGUCUGUGACCAUACGCAGUUGCUUCAAGUAUGAUCCUCAGGAAGGUAGUGAAUGCUGCCAUGCAGCAGGGCGAAGCCCUUUGGACGAUUCAACUCGUGAAUCAUCUCACUUCGAAGAAUGGUGCAUUGGUGCAGGUGGUGCUAUAACGGCAUUAUCAGAUCCUGAAGCCGAAUGGGAUGAAAUGAUUGUGAAGGUUGAUAGUGUAGUCAGAGCCUUCGGAGAUGUGGAAUUUCUUGAGAAUUAUGGUUAG